UAAUAGGGAACGCAAUGAAAGAAGCAGAAAUCAGGAGGCUCUUUGCUGCCAACCUUCUCUGUGUUUUUUCAAUUAUUCUGACAGCGGUUGUUCCGCCUUUCUUCUGGGAUGGAUUCACAGUUUUGGGAACACACCUCACGUGGCUGUGUAUUUGUUCUGUUUGUGUUAGUACCCUUAAUAUAAUCUUGCACUUAGUCCUUAAACCAAAUCUGUCUCCUAAGAGAAGUUCGUUUGCUCACAAGAUAUCCAGAUUUCUAAAAUGCUGUAUAUACUUUUUCAUGUCUUGCAUACUAUUUCAUGCGAUUAUUGUUCUUUAUGGAGCACCUCUCAUAGAGUCAGUGACUGAGACGUUUUUGUUUGCAGUUCUCCUGUCUACCUUUACUACUUUACAAUGCUUGUGUAUGCUGGGACCAAACAUACAAGCGUGGAUACGGGUAUUUAGUAAAAAUGGAGCUACAUCCAUCUGGGAAAGCAGUCUACAGAUUACUACCAUGUGCAGUAUACUUGGAGCUUGGUUUGGAGCAUUUCCUAUUCCUCUUGAUUGGGAUCGGCCUUGGCAGGUAUGGCCCAUUUCCUGUUCCCUCGGAGCUACCUUUGGCUAUAUGGCUGGUCUGAUUAUUGCACCUCUGUGGAUACACUGGAACCGGAAGCAGCUUACAUACAAAAGCAGAUAACUGGAGCAGAGAGAGACAAGGUAUUUCUUUGUGCAGAUUCCAUACAGACUGUGCAAAAGUUGGGGGUUUUUUAAGAGAGAGAGAUAUAUAUGUAUAGUCAAAGCAGAAGACUAUCCAAAUUCAUUUAGAGUAUUUCAGGCCAAGCAUCUCCACUCAAUAAAAUCACAUAGAUGCUGUUUCAGCAUGGUGCAGUUUUUGCUUCCUCUAGACUAUGUAACCCUGAGAGAUUGUACCUUCCAGUCUGAAUAAAAUAUUUGUAACAGA